UUUCAAUCAAAACAUCUAGGCAGUGUCAAAAAUGAAUUAAUCCAAAUUUUCGUACAAUCAAAUAAUCAAAAAAAUGCCUAAACCAAAAACGCAAUCCAGAUUAGUGAAGUCUCCAUCUCCAGUUCGCUCCAAUCGUCCUGGUCGCGUUAAAAAAAGUGAUUCUUCGCCAUCGCCGCCAUGCAGGACAAGUCUGCUAGAUCUGCCGGAGGACAUUAUCAGACUGGUUCUCGAGUUUCUGCCCAAGAUGACCGAUAAGGUUCUGCUGGCAUGUGUGGCGCCCAAGUUCCGAAUGGCCUUUGAGGGCUGGGCGAGAGUGCAACGAAAUGCUUUGGAUAUGGACAGCCUGGAGACGGUGCCUCUGCCGCAAUUGAUCAGGUUCUUCAAGGUGGCGGGGCCUUUUAUCAGAGUCCUUCAAGUGGACUGUGCGUCCUUCCAAAAGGAAUCCCUUCUAGUGGAGUUCGUAAAGGAGUACUGCCCCAAUCUGGAAGAGAUCGGUUACUCGAAUGCCACCGAUGAGUUUCACUACCGAUCGAUUAUGUCCAAAAUGACGCAUUUGAAACGGGUUACUAUUGAGUGUUUGGACGCAGAGGAUGUUCUUAACUUUGAUCUGCAGCCUAACCAGGAGCUCGAGUUUUUUGAGCUGGUUAAUGGUUGCUAUACAGGCAAAAAUCUCUGCGGGUUUCCCAAUCUUAAAACUUUAGUCCUUCGAGACUGUCUGUUAUGGAACUCGAUGGAGUUUGGAAUACCCCUUAAGUCGUUGAACACUCUAGAUCUCGACGACUGUUGUUUUGAGGUUAUGAAUGAAAGUUUGUACCAGAAAAUAGCCGAGAGUUGCUCGAACUUGGUGGAACUCUUCUUCUCCGGCUGCGAUACCAACUUCGAGGUAAUUGCCCACCUGCCCAAGCUGGAGCGCUGUACUUUGAAGACCUGGAUGACAUCCAACGAGCUGAAUAUUGGCUUCCUCACUGUUUUGGCAGAAAAACGAGGAAACAAACUGACCCAUUUGCACUUAUCGGGUCAGUUUCAGAUCACCAAUGAGCACGCCAGGUGUUUGGGACAGUUGAGUAGCCUCACGGAUCUGCGGUUCAGCAACAACGAUAUCCUGGAUGAUGAUCACUUCAAGUUCUUCAACGAGCUCAUCCAGCUGGAGCGAUUUGGGCUGACUUCGUGCGGUCGGGUGAUGGACAUAGGAAUGAUGAGGAUGCUGAGAAAGUGUCUUCAGUUGAAAGUGAUUGAUUUGAACGACUGCGAGCAGAUCACCGACGAGUUUGUGAUCAACGCCAUUGGAUUUUGCUCCAAGGGAUCAGGUCGUGAUGUUGUGCUUAACGUAAAGGAAACCAAGAUCAGGCAGACUAUAUUGACGCAUCCGGACUACGUAGAUUCCUUGAGUCGUGUAAAGGUUAACUUUAAUUAGAACGACAAGGAUGGGAAACAAUUUGAAAUGUUUCUUAUGAAAUAUGAAGUAUCUAAAAUGAUAAAAGCUAAAAUAGUAAAAGCCAAUCCGGAAGAGUGAAACAGUGAUUUGUGAGAGCACUUUCAAUUAAAAUCCUACCCAUAAGUGGACCAUUCGAUGCCCUUGUACCGCAGAUACCUAAGACAAUAGGAUCCUCACUGGACUGAGUCAUGGUCCAGAGGCUGCAAUAAGGAAGUGGACGAUCGAAAUUUAUGAUCAUGCUCACACUGCUCCAUUACCACGCCGAUAACUGCGGACAACCGUGUGUGCUGCUGCACUUUGGGCCUUUGGCUGUAAUACGAGUAACAAAGCUUGCCCGUCAAACGGCUAGCAAGCCAAACGAAUAAAAACAAAAUCAAACAAUACGAUAUUCGAUACAGUUCUGAAUCCGCGAUUCAAUUCGAUUCGAGCGAUCGAUCGCCGGCAAUAAAUUUUGUAUUCAAUUGCUGCUCUAUUGGAAUUGAACUUUGUUGCUUCGGCCGAUGAUGUCUGUGUUAGCAGCAGGAAGCUAAAAAACGGCUCAGAUCAGCGGCCAGUUGGUUACACUUGAAAUAAAGAAAUUUUUUAAAUUACA